CAGUGCAGCUUCAGUCUGAGUCUUGUCCUGCUCUCGAUCGGACGCUGACAGCUCGGCUCAGCUCAGCUCAGAUCUGCUGCCCCUGGGAUAUUUGCUCCAGUUUGGAUUUCUAUAAUAUUUCUGUGUGCCAUUGAAGAAGACUUCUUCUCCUCAACAACAGCACUAGAAUUAAAGGGACAGAGAGCGGUUGCAGGUGUAGACAGGUCAUCCAUUCUCCUCCUAAUGAUGAUGGAUGGCAGGGCUGCAGAGAGCGAUGAACAAGGAGAGAAAAGUGGAGCGAUGCAGGGGCGAUAAAGAAAAAGGCCGAGUGCUGAAUCCUGCCCACUCUGAAGCCUCAGUGACUACAGACGGACGGACAGACACUGGGAGAGAAGUGGGCUGAUAGAGACAGGAGGAGAGAAGGAGAAGUCAGAGCUCUCACGGUGCUGACCAGACUGACAGAGAAGCACAUGAAGAAGGUAAACAGCAUCACAACAACAUCCUGACAAGUAGCCCUGCUUCUGCAACACCAUCACACGCCCAGCCACUCCAGCACGCGGGCGUCAGACGGGAGGAAACAGGCGACCCACACCUCCUGCAGGCAUGAGGUCCUUCCGUUCCUUCAGCAACGAUGACCGCCAUGUCAUGGCCAAACACUCCACCAUCUACCCCUCCUCUCAGGAGCUUGAGGCGGUGCAGACCUUGGUGUCCACUGUGGAGUGUGCCCUAAAACAUGUCUCUGAUUGGCUGGACAAGAGCAGUGAAGAUGUGGACAGCCAACCAGCAGGCAGCACAGAAGAAAACGAAGCUGCCGAAGACCCCAGCGGAGAAACUUUGGAGCCCACUCACAAUUACAGGGAGCCUGGUGCUGGAGGCCUGCUGUGUGGAGUGAUGAGAAUUGGCCUGGUGGCCAAAGGCCUCCUGAUCAAAGGGGACAUGGACCUGGAGCUGGUGUUGAUGUGCAGAGACAAACCCACACAGACACUGCUGGACACUGUCUGUCACAAUUUACCCACACAGAUACAGAAGCUGACGGAGGAGAAGUACGACAUCACCAGCUCCUCACCCGAGGCGGCCAUCUUUGUACAAACCACAGCAGAACCCAAACUCACACUGAAGGUAACCCUCACCUCGCCAGCCAUGAGGGAAGACCUAGAAGAGGAAGAGGAAGAAGAGGAGGAGGAGGAGGAAGAAGAGGAGCAGGAGGGACUUGAGGAAGAGGUGGCAGAGAAUGGACAGGAAGGAGGAGGCGUUGAGGAGGAGGAAGUCCAGGAGGAAGUCCAGGAGGAAGUGGAGGAACAUAAGAUGAACGGGGAAGUGUUGGGUGCUGCAGCGCACAGAGUGGAGACUGAGGAGGAGCAGGAGGAGGAGGGGGAGGUGCUGGAUAGACACAGAUGUCUGUUGGCCCUGGCAGCGCUGAGACACGCCAAGUGGUUCCAGGCUCGGGUCAACGGGCUCAAGUCCUGUGUCAUAGUUCUCAGGAUACUUAGAGACAUGUGCAAUAGACACAGUGUCUGGGAGCCUCUCAAAGGAUGGCCAUUAGAGCUCAUCUGUGAGAAGGCCAUUGCCACCUGUAACAGACCUCUGGGGGCAGGAGAAGCCCUGCGCAGAGUCAUGGAGUGUCUGGCCUCAGGCAUACUGCUACCAGGUGGUCCAGGUUUACAUGACCCAUGUGAGAAAGAGCUAACUGACACAUUAGCUGAGAUGACUGACCAGCAGGCGGAGGACAUUACUUACAGUGCACAGCACGCUCUCAGACUCAUGGCAUUCGGACAAAUCUACAAGGUGUUGGAGAUGGAACCUCUGCCCUCAAAUAAACCCUCACAGAAAUACCCCUGGUGUGAUAAAGAAGGUUUAGGUCUAAAGAGGCCAUACGAGGACGGAUUUAUGGACGACAAGGAUCUCAUCAAGAAGAUGAAGAGGAAUCUGAGGAAAGUCCUGGACAGUAAAGCCAUCGACUCCAACCAGCCAAUGAACGCUCUGAUGCGACUGAACCAGAUACGACCAGGCCUUCAGUAUCGCCUAUUGUCCCAGUCCGGCCCCGUUCAUGCUCCCGUCUUCACUAUGUCAGUGGAUUUGGACGGAACCAUUUAUGAAGCAUCGGGAUCGUCCAAGAAGACCGCUAAACUGCACGUGGCUGUUAAGGUUCUCCAGGCGAUGGGCUACCCCACGGGUUUCGACUCAGACCUGGACCCCAUGAGCUCAGACGAGAAGUCGGACGGCGAGGGAAAAAGCGAGACGUCGUCACACAAGAGCAAUAACCCCACACACUCCUCGGACAGUUCAAACACACUGGAGGUGAGAACUCAGGGUCCCAUACUGACGGCGAGUGGGAAGAAUCCCGUCAUGGAGCUAAACGAGAAGAGACGAGGCCUCAAGUACGAGCUCAUCUCAGAGAGUGGGGGCAGCCACGACAAACGUUUCAUUAUGGAGGUGGAGGUGGAUGGGCAGAAGUUUCGCGGGGCAGGCCCCAACAAAAAGGUAGCGAAGGCCAGCGCUGCUCUAGCCGCUCUGGAAAAACUGUUCUCUGGACCUAACGCUGCAGCAAACAAGAAGAAGAAGAUUCUGCCUCAGACUAAAGGGGCCCUGGCGGCGGCGGCAGCAGCUUCAGCAGUAGCAGCUCAGGUAGCCAGAGGACGAGGACGAGCAGCUCUGGCCAGAGGAGCCUUUGUCAGUGCAGCUGCUCCUGGAUACGUCACACCAGGUUUUGGGACGCCCUACGGUUACAGCCCCGCUGCUGCAGCUGCUCCAGCCUACGGUAACGUCCUGACCAGCCAGUUUCCAUGUCCACCUCUAAACCAUCCACACCUGUUCUUACAUCUCUGACUUUCAUUCCUCUAACGUCUCCAGUCUGGGGUCGCAGCUUCAACUGUCUUCUCUGCCAGCUCUCUGCUUCUGUUUGUCUCGCUGCUUUAAGUCCUAAUCCUAGUUCCAGGGUUUGUGCUGGAUUUAAUUUGUACUGCAUUGCACUCAAAGCCUUGUUUCAGGCCCAGACUUCUGCACUCUGUUUAAACAGCGUCUCAACACUCGGUUCUACCACUUUCAUCUGGAUUUUUUUUUUUUUUCAGUUCUUGAGGUUUUAGUUUUUUUAUUCAGUCCUAAUAUUUAGUUUAGUCUUGGCUUGUUUUCAGUUUUCUUUUUGAUUUUUAAAGGUGGCUGCUAAAUAUUUCUGCAACAGUCUGGCUUAAAAAUAAUAGGGGAAAUGUGGCCUUGUUUACGUGUAUCAGUUAAAAGACAUGCAGUGGCUUUUUGCACCAUCUGGACGCGGACAGUGGUGGAGCCACUUACUCCCACGUACAGUGCGUUACAGUAAUUUAGCCGGGUGGUAACAAAUGCAUGAAUUAUUGUUUUAGUGCUGGUGUGUCAGGAUGGCUAGGUGUCUUAAUCGAAAGAAACUAGAUCUAACAACAACAACUGCCAUGAUUUGGCUGUCACCUGAUCUGCAGGUGAGCCCCUAGUGGUACUGACAAAAACCAUCUGUUAAGAGCCAUCCAAGCCUUUUUGUCUCUUAACACCUACAGAGAAUACUGGUACUUGGCUGUUGUCCACAUAACAAUAAAAAAGACUCCAUGUUUCAAAGGAAAGCAAGUAAAGAGAGAAAAGGGGAGGGCCUAAGCCUGAGCCCUGUGGGACCCCACAUGAGAGAGGACCACAGGAGGAUACAGAGUCUCC